UGCUCUUAGGAGCUUUCCUGUCACAUUCACAUUCUGUCUUUUAGAGACGCUUGUACCGGAUCAACUUUCAAAGCAUCCACAUUAACAAAGGAACAAAAUGAGUUCCCAGAAGAGCAGCUGCCCUCCAAAUGCAGUUUCAUCAACUUCAUCAAAAGGACCCAACCUAAAGAAUGCCAAGGAAUCCAAAGUGGUAGCAGAUAUUAAAAAGGCCAUUGAAAACAAGGACUUUUUGUUGGCUGCAUCAAUAACACAAAAGUAUUUGGAAGACACAAAUAAUAUUCCACUGAACAUUGCUGUCACAGGAGAGAGUGGAGUUGGAAAGUCCACAUUUGUUAAUGCCUUCAGGGGGAUAGACAACACAGAUGAGCGAGCGGCGCCUACUGGUGAGGUGGAAACGACCAUGAAGCCUGAGGCUUACCCACAUCCAACAUACCCAAAUGUUACAUUAUGGGAUCUCCCGGGAAUCGGAACGACCAGAUUCCCAGCUGAUCAGUACAUGAAGCACGUUGAGUUUGAAAAGUUCGAUUUUUUUAUCCUCGUAUCAGCUAUUCGCUUCAAUGAGAAUGAUGCCAAGCUGGCUAAAGAGAUCAAGAAAAUGGGCAAGAAGUUAUUCUUUGUCCGCUCUAAGAUUGACCAUAAUCUACGUGAUGCGCAAAGGAGUCAGAGGGAGUACAAUGAAGAAAAGAUGCUUCAGAAAAUCAGGGAAUACUGCAUUCAAGGACUUGAAAAACAAGGUGUGGAGUCUCCUCAGGUCUUCCUGGUGUCUAGUUUUGAUCUCCAUUUGUACGAGUUCCCCGCCCUCCAGGACACCAUGGAGAGGGAGCUUCCUUCACACAAGAGAGAUGUCCUGAUCUUAGCCCUUCCCAACAUCUGCAAAAGCACCAUUAACAAGAAGAAAGAGGUAUUCCGUUCACAAAUAUGGCACUAUGCUUUACUGUCUGCAACUGUCGCAGCUGUACCUAUCCCAGGGAUUUCCAUUAUGGUUGAUGUAGGCAUUCUGGUCAAGGUUCUUCAAGGCUAUUUGUUUGGGUUUGGUCUUGAUAAAAUGUCGUUGGAGAAAUGUUCCAGUGCGACAAAUACACCUUUAGAUGAAUUAAGGGCAAUGUUGAAUUGUAUUUGUUCUGGAAAGGAUGUAACAAAAGAGCUUGUUCUUUUAAUGCUGAAAUCAACUACAGUUGCUCUGAUUGGUUUGGCAGUAGAGGAAGGUUCCAGAUGGAUUCCUUUUAUUGGAAUCCCAAUAGCGGCUGCACUUUCUUUCACUACAAUUUACACGUUUUUGAGUUCUAUUCUUAACAAGCUAUCUGUUGACGCAGAAAAUAUUGUGACGAAGGCAUUGGCCAUUAAGUAAUGUCAGGUCAUGCUCUAGCGUUUAGCAAUGAGGAACAAUGAACGCUUCAAUUAAAACAAACCUUUUAAAACGCAAUAAGAGAAAACUAAAUUCAAUAGUCAUUAGUAAAAAGUGUUUUUAUUCAUUCCUCACGAGUUUAGUUUAAUUACUGGUGAACCAUGAAAUUGGGAAAAUUAUUGGUUAUAAUGGUUUUAACGGUUAUGAUAUGUCCAAGCAUGUAUUAUCCAUAGCAGGGCUAACGGGGCCGGUGCCCAGGGGCCCGGGGCCACGACAGGGCCCUGAACCCAAAGGCCAAUGGUAAUAUAAUAAUUAUAUUGAUGAUUAGAUAUUUUUUACAGUCAUUGGACGAGAAAAUGUAUUGACAUUUUGUUAUAUUAUAAUAGAUAACAGCUUUGUAACAAUUUCUGCUAGUGAAAUGGAUAACAAUGAGGCAUAACAAGAGCAAAUCUUAUUUCUCUUGUCUUUCUAUUUCAUCUCAUUAUCAAUUACCAUGAUACAUUUAACUUACUUUUUUGUUUGAUCUGAUGCCAUGUUCAAUUGUAUUUCUUUUAGCCAAUUAAUGGAGCGAUUAUUUUUGUAUUUUUUUAUUUCUUACAUUUGUAUUAAGAUGGAUUAAACCAUGACAAGGUUUUGUGAUUAUUAGCCUACAGCAACAAAUGAGACACAAUCGCUAGCAGUUUGUCAUGCUUUUCAAGCACUUUGUCAUGCAUUUCAACUUUUUCCACACAAAUUUCCCAACAAACACUGUAAAGACUGGUCUCAGGACGCAACCCAUAUUUUGCAACAGCAAUUUGAUCAAACAUUGAAUCAAUUCAGCUUGGUAAAGGGAGUAAUGUACAUAUUUCUGCCCACAUGAUCUAUACAUAUUACCGUCCACGCUUCGCGUCGGUGUCCGGUUUGCCCUGCCGGGGCUUUUAGCUUACUGUUUUAG